AUGGUCUCCAAAACGUGGAACGUAGGCAUCAUCGGAUACGGCUUCAGCGCCAAAAUCUUUCACAUUCCUUUCAUCACAGCUGUUCCCGACUUCAAAUUAUACGCCGUUGUGCAGCGAACUCCCACACCUGAGAAUGACGCAGAGAAAGAUUUUGCGGGCAUCAAGUCCUAUCGAAACACAGAUGAGCUCUUUAAGGAUUCUAAUGUUGAUGUUGUUGUCAUUACGACUCCGCCGGAUGGACAUUAUGCAUUGGCCAAAGCUGCAUUGGAGGCCGGGAAGCACGUCGUCGUCGAAAAGCCGUUUGUCCCUACGCACAAGGAAGCAGAGGAAUUGGUUGGGUUUGCUCAGAAAUAUAACAAGCUACUAGCUGUUUAUCAAAAUCGCCGCUACGACGCCGACUACGUAACCCUAUCAAAGCUCGUCAAAAAUGGCUCCCUCGGAAGAGUAGUCGAAUACGAAACGCACUUUGACCGCCACCGUCCUGAGCUUGCCGCCAGCACCACAGCCUGGAAGACCAAGGUCACGGAAGCCGGAGCCAUUUACGAUCUCGGAGCACAUCUACUCGACCAAGCCGUUCAUCUGUUCGGCUUGCCCCAGCGCAUUACGGGAUUCGUUGGCAGUCAGCGAGUGAACAACCCCACUGGACUGGAAGACUCGUUCACGACGUUGUUGCACUAUGAUAGCGGUUUGUUGGUGACGGCCAAAGCUGCUGUUGUAAGCCCGGAAGAGAAACAGCUUCGAUUCUGGGUGAGGGGCGACAAGGGAAGUUUCAAGAAGUUCCAUUUGGAUAUCCAGGAGGAUCAGUUGAAGGCAGGUGUCCGACCUGGCGAUAGUGGAUAUGGCCUUGAGCCUAGUGACCGUUACGGGGUCCUUACCACGAUCGAUCAAAACGGACAGCCGUCUGCCGAAAAGGUGCCGACUGUCGAAGGACCAACUUGGGUGGAAUACUAUCGCAAGCUUGCACGGGCUUUGGCGGGAGAGAGUGAGCUUCCAGCCAGUGGCGCCGAGGCCAGUCAAGUCAUUCGACUGAUCGAGCUGGCUAGAGAGAGUUCCAAACUGGGCAAGACCAUGGAAGUGUAA